GUGAACUGGCUGGAUUCACUACGUCUGCGGUAACUUUUCUCUUUUCUAGUUCCACACUGACUUGAAGCGUCCAGCUUGGUACAAUGGGGCUAUCUCUGGUUCUGUUCUAUGGGGUCAUUGCCGGAAUCUCGGGGUUCCUUUUUGGCUAUGACUCCGGAGUCAUGACUACGACUAUUGCGCAGGAGCAGUUUCUUCAACAGUUCAAUCCAACAUCGUCCAUGAUGGGGACAAUUAUCGCAAUCAUGCAAGCUGGAGGCUUCUUUGGCUGUCUGACGGCGGGUAAACUAUCAGAUCUAUGGGGAAGAAAGAAAGCAAUCAUGUUUGGCUGUGUGUUCGUGGUGGUCGGCGGCGUUCUCCAAGCUGCGGCAUAUCACACCGCCAUGCUUAUCAUCGGACGUUUUAUUACUGGCUUCGGUGUUGGAUCCCUGACCAUGACCGUGCCCGUGUAUCAGGCGGAAAUCUCACCACCUCGAUGGCGAGGGACCAUCGUCGGCUGUCAGCAACUGAUGCUAGCAACGGGAAAUGCCGUUGCCAACUGGACUGGGUAUGGUUGCAGCUUCGUGAACUCCUCAUUCCAAUGGCGCAUGCCGCUUGCUCUACAGGUGGUUCCGGGAAUUGUGCUUUUCGUUGGCUCCUGGUUUCUUCCCGAGUCUCCACGGUGGCUUGUGGAGCGCGACGCACUGGAUGCUGCCUUACAUGUAGUACAGCGCCUGAAUCCCGACAAGCAAAACCUGAAUUCGGCUUACGCCGAGUUCAAGGAGAUUGUGGAGCAGAUCAAACAAGAAAAAGAACAGUCCUCGGAACGCAGUUACCUCCAGAUCUUCCGGCGAAAGGCAUGGAGGAAACGGCUCCUCCUAGGGGCCGGUAUCUGGCUAAUGCUGAAUCUGACCGGGGUCAAUGUCAUCAACUACUACUUGACUCAAUUUUUCACUUCUCUCGGAUAUGGAGGCAGACGAGCAAUUUUCCUGACAGGAGUCUACGGCUCUGUCGGGGCCGUUACCACCUUUGUAGUCCUAUUCUUCGUACAUCGCUUCCACAGGAAAACUCCCCUGAUGAUAGCGAAUAUCUCACAAACAGCCACGUUGAUAGUGAUGGCAGGACUCACAGAGGCAUCGGAACUGGGAGUAAGUGGGCAGAUUGGGGGCGUUGCAAUGAUCUUUUUAUUCUUCGUCAUUUACUGCAGCUCUUGGGGUCCAUUGUCAUGGGUGUAUGCGUCGGAGAUCUUUCCGACACAAAUCAGAUCGAAGGGAUACUCGAUGGCCAGUGCGGUCAAUUGGUUAGUGACUCUUUUGUUCAAUCAAACAGGUCCGAUUGCCUUGGAUCAUAGUGGAUGGAAGUUUUACUUCCUUUUCGUGGCCACGAAUUUUAUUUCAGCUCUGGUUCUGCUAUUUCUCUAUCCGGACGAUACAAGCGGAAAAUCCCUGGAGGCAAUAGACUUGCUAUUCGACAAACAUAAUGCAAGGCAUAGGUCCACGCCAGAAGCAAACGAGGUGAGAAGGACAAGUAUCGAAUUGGAUGUAAAAGGUUGAACCUUGUCCAUUGGCACAUGUGUAUGCAUGAGAGGUCUCUACCGGGACCUUACGAUAAUGGAUCAAAUUGCAAUUUGUUGCCCGAAUAGUGCCGAGAGCUGAAGGUACUGGGAUGUGUUGAGUCUAUCAGGAACCGGACCGGGUCCCAGAAACUGGGCAUUAGCUUUGACGUAGCUGGAUUAGGCUUGUUCAAAACCGGGCUGGCAGGGAUGAAAUGUAACAGAGAUUGCGCGACAUGCUGGGCACUCGUAUAACGCUAACAGUCAAAAGUAAGACUGUCAGCAGGUAAUCAUACGACAUGAAGGAGGAAACGUAGCAAACGC